AUGAAAGCAUUCACUCUUUCCGGGCUGAGCGCCCUCUUUGCCGGCUUGACGUUGGCUCAUCCUGUUGCCAAACGCGGUGGUAGCUUCUCAGAGGUCGACAUUACCAUCCUGCAAUUUGCUUUGACGCUCGAGCAUCUCGAAAACACCUUCUACAAGGAGGCCUUCGCCAGCUUCCAGCUGCAGGACUUCCUCAAUGCCGGCUUUGACGAGGAAUUCUUCAUCAACCUCGAAUUCAUCGCCUCAGACGAAUCCGCGCAUGUUGAGUUUCUCAUUGCGGCGAUUGAGUCUGCUGGCAUUCAGCCGGUCCAGCCUUGCCAAUAUAGCUUCCCAGUGACAGAUGUUACCAGCUUUGUCACCGUCAGCGCUAUCUUGGAGUCUGUUGGAACCAGUGCUUAUCUCGGCGCGGCCCCGUUCAUUGGAUCACGAGAUAUCCUCUCGGUGGCUGCGAGCAUCAUGGCCACGGAAGCGUUGCAUACCAGCUCGCAGAGAAGCUCGUUGGGUGCAGUUGCCGCAGCCAGUGCAUUUACUACUUCCCUUGACGCCAACUCGGUUUUCACCAUUGCCUCGCAAUUCAUCGUCUCCUGCCCUUCGGAGAACCCGCCGUUGCCGUUCACUGCAUUCCCCGGCUUGAAGGUCAACUCUCAACCCUGCUUCGAUGAGAGCAGCAGUAGCGAGACAUUCUCCACUGAUUCCGUCAACUACGCUACCGUUGUCUCUGACAUUGAAAGUGCCACGGACACUACCAGCGCGUAUGUCGCUGAUGUCACCGACUCUACGACCACUGUGGCAUAUGACAACACCUCGACCACCACCACUGUUGAUUACACCACUACCACUGACUCGGCGGCCUAUACGACGUCCACCACCACGACUAUGGACAUGUCGACCACCACCACCACCACGACUACCACCAUGGAUAUGGCCUCAAUGACCAUGACCAUGUCUAUGUCCACGUCGGCGCCCGCAUAUGCGCGCCGAAGCACCGCUCUCGAAGCGCGCACAAACGGCGGCUCGGUUUCGUCUUGCUCCGCCCCGGGUGCCGGCUCCUCUAUGCAACUGAUUCCCGACUUUUCGCAAUCGCAUCAUGACUUCUCCCAAGUUGAAAUCAUCUUUGUGACGUUCAUCGCGGGUAUCGAGGUUGUGUCGGUGCAGGCUGUCUUUGAACGCGAUGGGAGCAUCAACGUAAGCAUCCCAGGAAGCAUUGGUGGCGGGCAGGUGUUUAUUUUCAUCACCAUUGUGGACAUUUCGGGACGAAGCUUGAGUGACAGUGAAGUGCUCUUCGGACCCGCCAUCAUGGAGAUUGCUCCAUCCUUCCCCUCUAUCAGCCAGUAAAUGUGACCAAGCAUGCGCCGUGGGUGGCAUCCUAGGUGAAUCGGCGGGUCAGUGGGAGGAAACAAGAAUGGUCUCUUGGAGGAUGUUUGAGUCUCGGGAUCAGGAUGGGCUGUCGAUCCCCUUUUUUCGUGUCUCUCCUUAACGACCAUUUGUGGUUUCUGGGCUUUGUUAUCAUCUGCUUCUACGUUGUUCUAGCGAAUCUAAGAGGGAAAGGAAGGGAAGGGAUA